AUGAUUUCCAAGAUCACGGAAGACAGCAGUUCUCCUGCCGCGUUCGAUGCGACAAUGCCAAUCGCUGUCAUUGGCAUUGGUUGUCGUUGUGCUGGCGAUGCCACCAAUCCCGAAAGCCUCUUCGAGAUGGUCAAGAAAGCUCGCGAAGCUUGGCAACCCAUUCCCAAAGAUCGUUACAACAACAAGGCAUUCUACCAUCCCGACGCAAAUCGUAAUGGAACGUCAAACAUUGUUGGCGGUCACUUUCUCAAGGACUCGCCGGGUCACUUCGACGCACCAUUCUUUGGAAUGACAAGUUCUGAAGUUGGAGUCAUGGAUCCACAGCAGCGCCUACUACUGGAAACCUCAUACGAGGCCUUGGAGAAUGCUGGCAUUCCCAUGAAUAAACUUGUCGGCAGCGAUGCAUCUUGUUUCGUCGGAUCUUUCUGUCGAGACUUUUCGGAAAUGCAACUCCGAGACACUGAGAAUCUUCCAACGUAUCAACCUACUGGAGCUGGACCUUCGCUCGCUUUCUUGUCCAAUCGUCUCUCUUACUAUUACGAUUGUCGAGGUCCUAGUGUCUCUGUUGACACAGCUUGCUCGGCUAGUCUUGUGGCAUUGCAUCUUGGAUGUCAGACUAUCAGAACAGGUGAAUCGAAGAUUUCGAUUGUUGGCGGCUCAAACGUGCUACUUAGUCACGAGAUUAUGAUUGGCAUGAGUGCCAUGAGAUUCCUCUCCCCAGAUGGUCGUUGUUACUCAUUCGACCAUCGUGCCAACGGCUAUGCUCGAGGAGAAGGUGCAGUGUGUAUCAUCUUGAAGUCCCUGGACGACGCCCUGAGAGAUGGUGAUACCAUUAGAGCCGUCAUCCGCAAUACAGGCUGUAACCAGGAUGGCAAGACCAAUGGUAUCACAAUUCCCAAUCGUGAUGCCCAGGAGGCUCUGAUCCGAAGCGUUUAUGCGAAAGCCGGCUUGGAUCCUGUGAACACCACCUACGUUGAAGCGCAUGGUACUGGAACCCCUGCUGGAGAUCCCCUCGAGACUGCAGCAUUGUCAAGCGUUUUCUGUCCUGGUAGACCUGCUGACGAGCCACUCGUGAUUGGCUCCAUCAAGUCUAACAUGGGCCAUCUUGAGGGUGCUAGCGGCUUGGCUGGGUUAGUCAAGUUGAUCAUGAUGCUCGAGAGCAAGACUUAUUUACCUAAUCGCAACUUCGAGAAGGCGAACCCUCGCAUUCCUCUAGAGGACUGGAAACUGAAGGUUCUCACAGAGCCUCAGUUUUGGGAGUGUAGCCAGGUUCGCAGAGCAUCGAUCAACAGUUUCGGCUAUGGUGGAACAAACGCACAUGCCAUCCUGGACGAAGCUGAAGGCUACUUGACCUCCAGACGACUUACUGGCUCUUGGAGAACAACCAUCGUUGAUGAAGAGCCUGUGACUCUCGAAGAGCCUCUGACUCCCGACGAACCCGUACAAGUCAGAAAGAAUGUCUUCGUUCUCUCUGCUUUCGACGAAAAAGCCGGUGUAGCAUACGCGGACAAACUGGCAAGUCAUCUACGAAGCUCGACCAAGUCUAACGACUACCUGACAGAUCUCUCGUACACUCUCAACGAGAGAAGGUCGAGAUUUGCAUGGCGGCGAGCUUUCAUCGCAGACUCCAUCGAUGAUCUCACGGUCAAGUUGACCGCUAAGGAUUUGAAGUUCACCAAGUCGGGUAAGACUCCUCUUCUUGGCUUUGUCUUCACCGGUCAAGGUGCCCAGUGGCACGCAAUGGGUCGUGAGCUCCUGAAGUCAAACCCCAUCUUUCGCAACACCAUCACACAGGCAGACGUGUACCUCCAAGAGAUCGGUGCUAAGUGGUCUUUGAUCACAGAACUGAGCUUGGACGCAAAGACAAGUCGUGUCAAUCUUGCGGCGUUCAGUCAGCCUUUGUGCACUGCAAUUCAGGUCGCCAUCGUGGACGUACUUGCCGCUUGGGGCAUCAGGCCUUCUUCUGUGACUGGUCACUCUUCGGGAGAGAUUGCUUCGGGCUAUGCUGCUGGGGCCCUCAGUCUUGAGGAUGCACUUACACUGGCCUACCACCGUGGUGUUGUAGCUUCCGAGAUCAAGGAUAUCAGUGUUGUACCUGGUUCUAUGAUGGCUGUGGGACUCACGCCUAAUGACGCCACUCCAUACCUUGCAGAGCUCGAAUCAGGCAAGGCAGUGAUUGCUUGUGUGAACAGCCCUUCAAGCAUCACAAUCUCUGGAGAUACAGUCGCAGUGAAUGAGCUUCACGCCACCCUCGAAGCCAAGGGUAUAUUUGCAAGAAAACUCGCUGUCGAGGUCGCCUAUCACUCGCACCAUAUGCAGCUGGUUGCCGACCAGUAUAAAGCCGCCAUACAGGACAUCAAACCCAAGCUUGCAUCCGAUGUUGUGUUCUACUCAUCGGUCACCGGUGAACGUCUCACUACAAACGAGUUACACGCGGACUAUUGGGUUGCCAACAUGGUCGGCCAAGUGAAAUUCGCUGACUCGAUCAAAGCACUUUAUCUUGACAAGAAAGCGCUCAGGGAGAGACGUAGACGUACAGCACCCACUGCAGUCGAUAUCACGGUCGAGAUUGGUCCUCAUUCCGCGCUCGCCGGACCAAUCAAGCAGAUUGUCAAAGCAAAUCCGGUCAUGGACAAAGCCAAGCCACCGUAUUUCUCCGCAUUGCUCAGAGGGAUAGAUGCGGAAGACUCUGUCUUUAGCUUGGUUUGUCAACUGUUCGAACACGGUUACAACAUCGACUUCUCUGCCAUCAGAGGAGCCGUAGGCAGAAAGGCUAGCAAAGUGCUCGUCGAUCUUCCACCGUACGCCUGGAAUCACGCCAAUCUUCUAUGGACCGAGUCUCGCAUCUCCAACAGCUACAAGAACAGAAAGCAUCCAAGGACAGACCUGCUCGGUGUUCGUGAUAUUAACUCAAACUCCAUCGAGCCCAGGUGGCGUAAUGUCCUGAGAGCAAGUGAGAAUCCUUGGAUCAGAGACCAUAAAGUCCAGGGCAAUAUGGUCUACCCUGCCGCCGGAUUCAUCGCAAUGGCGAUCGAAGCAGCAGCCCAAUCAGCCAGUGACUCUGAUGUUCACGUCGAAGCAUUCUCUCUUCGCAACGUUGUGAUUGGUGCUGCUCUGCUAGUCCCAGAGGAAGGUCCAGAGAUGGAGACAAUGAUCACACUGCGGCCUUACAAUGAGAGCGCCAAAGCAACUUCGAAUGUAUGGCAAGAGUUCUGCAUCUUCUCUGUCAGCAGUACCGAUGUCUGGACUGAACACUGCCGCGGUCUGAUCUCGACAGAAAAGCCUGGCAAGAUCAGCGAGGUCGAUGGUGAGACUGUCAUCGCGGAAACUCAAGCUGAUUACCAGAGCAAAGCAUCACUCAUCUCGUCCAUGAGCGAGUCAAAGGUCGAUGUGGAAAGUUUCUACGAGCAGCUCAGAGACGUUGGUCUCGAGUAUGGUCCUACCUUUGCAAAUCUGAUUGAUGUUCGAUCCGGUCCUGGGGCUUCGACUGGCACCAUUAUCCUUGCUGACACUGCGCAAACAAUGCCUGCCAAGUUCGAGUAUCCUUUUGUCGUUCAUCCAUCCACGCUAGACAGUUGUCUGCACCCGCUCUUCCUUGCAGUUUCGGAUGACGGUCUGACUGCGGCGAUCCCCACCUUCAUCGAGCACCUCAGUGUGUCUGCCUCGAUUCAGCGUACUGCUGGUCGCAAAUUUGACGUUUAUGCUCAGAGCAAAACAUCAGAUGUCAGACAGCACACAACAUCCCUUCUCGUCACCGAUACAGGCUCACCAGUGAUCGAAAUCGACGGCUUGAUUUGUACUGAACUGGGCCAAGACGACAUGGGAGGCUCGCACGAGACGACCAAGCCGAUCUGUUUUGAUAUCAAGUGGCAACCCGAUGUCGGUUUCCUCGGGCGCUCGGCUCUUCAUGAUCUGUGCAGCGAAGACGGUCUGCUGUCCUACGUUGAUCUUCUUGCUCACAAGCAGCCACAACUGAGAAUUCUUGAACUCGACCCGUCAACAUCCCUGACCGUCAGGCUACUCGAAACACUCGGAUCUGGCUCAGGUCCUGGGGUCAGAUUCCUUUGUUACGAUAGCGCUUUUGCUUCUAAAGAGUAUCUGAACGAGCACGCCAAUCGUUGGGCUGGUCUGGCGAGAUCGAAGCCGCUUGCACUUCAUCAAGAGCUUGAGCCUCAAGGUUUCGAGAAAGGCUUCUACGAUUUGAUCCUCGUGAAGGGCAUUGAGAUUGAGAGCAAGGUACCCAUUCUCUCGGGGCUGCUUAGAAAGGGCGGUAGCUUGGUCUUCGUGGAUACAUCGCGCUCGGUCACCGCCUCGCUGGCAGAGACCAAGAUGACCGUGUAUCAAAAUCAAGAUGUCAUCCUUGCGAUCGAUGAGUCAACGCCUGAAGUCAGUCUUCCCGAACUCAAUAUCAUCGUAGACGAGGGAUCCAGUCUGGUGGAUGUCGAAGCUCUUCAGAAGAAGUUCAGCUCGAUUGGAGUGCAAACCAACCUCAACUCUUUCCAUGAUGCGGACGUCAAAGACAAGGUCUCGAUUGUUUUGCUCGACAACAGCGCUGAUCCCAUCUCAUCUCCUGACGAGAAGCUAUUCGAGGCAUACAAAACCGUGUAUCUCGGUGGUUUGGGCACCCUUUGGAUCACUCGUGGGGCCACAAUCAACCCAACUUCGCCUGGAGCCAAUAUGAUCACUGGUCUCUCGCGUGUGGUCAGAGCUGAGACAGCUGGUGUCAUGACAGUGACGCUGGAUCUCGACGAAGAGCAAGAUUCGGACCUUGACACCAUUUUCGAGGUCGUCACCAAAAGCUUCAAUCUCAAUAACAGCGACAAUAAGUCUAUUGAGGUCGAACUGGUCAAGCGAGAUGGUUCAUUGAUGAUACCGCGCAUUGUUGAGGAUGUUAAGAGCAACAGACACAUUGCAUCACGCACUAUUGCACCUGUGCCCGAUGCACAGCCUUUCUGGCAGCCUGGUAGAUCCCUGAUCAUGGAUAUCAAAACGCCUGGCUUACUUGACACCUUGCAUUUCAAUGACGAUGUCAGAAUGGAAGGCAAAUUGUCGAGUGAUUCUGUCGAGAUCGAAGUCCGCGCUUCGGGCAUGAACUUCAAGGAUGUCAUGAUGGCGAUGGGCCAAGUCAAGACUGAGCCACUCGGUCUUGAGUGCAGUGGUGUGGUUACCGCUGUGGGCAAUAAUGUGGCGGGUUACAGCGUCGGCGACCGCGUGGUCACCUAUGCUCAAGGUACCUACUGCAACCGUCUUCGCCAACAAGCAUGCGCCGUACAGAUCAUCCCCGAUGAUAUGUCGUUCGAGACCGCAGCAACCAUUCCCAUCGUUUUCUGCACAGCCUACCAUUCGAUCUUUGAGGCAGCUAGACUGCGCAAGGGUGAGAGUAUCCUGAUCCAUGCGGCAUCUGGAGGACUCGGUCAGGCAUUGAUUAUGCUGUGCCAGAUGAUCGGCGCCGAGGUGUUCGCCACUGUCGGUGCAGCAGAGAAGAAGCAAUUCCUGAUGGACACCUACAACAUUCCAGAUGAUCACAUCUUCAACAGUCGUGAUGGCACAUUUGCCAAACGCGUCAUGAGGGCAACCGCAAACAAGGGCGUUGAUGUAAUCAUGAACUCUGUUGCUGGAGACGCACUGCGCCUAACAUGGAGCUGUAUCGCUCCUUUCGGCCGCUUUGUCGAACUCGGACGUAGAGAUUUCGAGCUCGACACUCGCUUGGACAUGCGCAAAUUUGCUCUCAACGUCAGUUUCUCGGCCGUUGACUUUGUUCACCUCGCCAAAGCCCGCCCUGCGCAGACCGGCGAGAUGUGGAAACAGGUGAUGAAUCUCUUCCGAAGCAACGCUGUUCAGCCUGUGCAGCCCAUUGCUGUGUACCCUAUCGACCAGGCAGAAAGUGCACUGCGCGUUAUGCAGAAGGGAAGACACAUUGGCAAACUUGUGCUGACUUCUGAUGGAAAUCCUUCAGUCAAGGCUGUACCACGAGCUAUCUCGUUAACUCUCCUUCGCUCCGAUGCUUCGUAUCUGCUUGUGGGCGGACUCGGUGGCAUUGGCUGCGCUAUUGCCUCAUGGAUGAUUGCGCACGGUGCCAAAAACAUCAUUUUCGCCAACAGAAGCGGUCUCAAGAGACAAGAAGCUAGAGAUGCUGUCGCCCAGCUUGAGAGCGCAGGUGCACGCGUCAAAGUGUUCAGCUGCGACGUUGGAAUCGAGCAGGAUGUUUAGGGUUUUUUUAGGGUUUUUUAGGGUUAGGGUUAGGGUUAGGGUUAGG